CCAGAACCAGAACCCAGCUGUGUGUCCUUUAAGAGUGACAUGUCAAAGGAUGAUUUAAUUGACUUUAAGUCUCCUGGAUCUCCACCAUCAGACAGAGUGGACCAGCAGAGCUCAGAGGUUCCCAGUGGUCCAUCUGCCGAACAGUAUCAAACACAGCUGGACUCCAUAUUUAUGCUGCUGGAGGAAAACAUUGUCACUUUUGUGAAGAACGAGUUGAAGAAAAUUCAGAAGGUUCUGAGCCCAGAUUACCCAGAAUGCUCAGAGAGUCAGAGAGAUGAUGACGUAGUGUUGGGAGGUGAGGAUGAAGAGCAGAGGAGGAACAGCAGAUUGGCAGUGAUGAAGAUCACACUGAACUUCCUGAGGAGUAUGAAGCAGGAGGAGCUGGCUGACCGUCUGCAGAGCAAAUAUUUCAAUGCUGUUUGUCAACAUCAACUUAAAUCUGGUCUGAAGAAGUUGUUCCAGUCUGUGUUUGAGGGGAUUGCUAAAGCAGGAAGUCCAACCCUCCUGAACCAGAUCUACACAGAGCUCUACAUCACAGAGGGAGGGACUGGAGAGGUCAAUGAUGAACAUGAGAUCAGACAGGUUGAAACAGCAUCUAGGAAACCACACAGACCAGAAACAACAAUCAGACAAGAAGACAUCUUUAAAGUCCCACCUGGAAGAGAUCAACCAAUCACAACAGUGAUGACAAAGGGAGUGGCUGGCAUUGGGAAAACAUUCUUAACACAGAAGUUCAUUCUGGACUGGGCUGAAGACAGAACCAACCAGAACAUCCACUUCAUAUUUCCAUUCACCUUCAGAGAGCUGAAUGUGAUGAAAGAGAAAAAGUUCAGCUUGGUGGAACUUGUUCAUCACUUCUUUACUGAAACCAAAGGAAUCUGCAACUUUGAACACUUCCAGGUUCUGUUCAUCUUUGAUGGCCUGGAUGAGAGUCGACUUCCUUUGGACUUUGAUAAUAAUCUGAUCCUGACUGAUGCAACAGAGUCCAGCUCAGUGGAUGUUCUGCUGACAAACCUCAUCAGGGGGAAACUGCUUCCCUCUGCUCUCCUCUGGAUAACCACACGACCUGCAGCAGCCAAUCAGAUCCCUCCUCAGUGUGUCGGCAUGGUGACAGAGGUCAGAGGGUUCAAUGACCCCCAGAAGGAGGAGUACUUCAGGAAGAGAUUCAGAGAUAAGGAACAGACCAGCAGAAUCAUCUCCCACAUAAAGACAUCACGAAGCCUCCACAUCAUGUGCCACAUCCCAGUMUUCUGCUGGAUCACUGCUACAGUUCUGGAGGAUGUGUUGGAGACCAGAGAGAGAGGAGAGCUGCCCAGCACCCUGACUGAGAUGUACAUCCACUUCCUGGUGGUUCAGACCAAAGUGAAGAAGGUCAAGUAUGGAGGAGCUGAAAGAGAUCCACACUGGAGUCCAGAAAGCAGGAAUAUGAUAUAUUCUCUAGGAAAACUGGCUUUUGAUCAGUUGCAGAAAGGAAACCUGAUCUUCUAUGAAUCAGACCUGACAGAGUGUGGCAUCGAUAUCAGAGCAGCCUCAGUGUACUCAGGAGUGUUCACACAGAUCUUUAGAGAGGAGAGAGGGCUGUACCAGGACCAGGACAAGGUGUUCUGUUUCGUCCAUCUGAGUGUUCAGGAGUUUCUGGCUGCUCUUCAUAUUCAUGUGAACUUGAUUAACUUUCAUGGCAACCUGAUGGAAGAAAAUUCACCAUCUUUCUCUAUGUUUUCUAAAGAAUCUAAUAUAAAUGGUCUCCAUCAGAGAGCUGUUGACCAGGCCUUACAGAGUCCAAAUGGACACCUGGACUUGUUCCUUCGGUUCCUCCUGGGACUUUCACUGCAGACCAAUCAGAGACUCCUACAAGGUCUGCUGACACAGACAGGAAGUUUCUCACAGACAAAUCAGGAAACAGUUCAGUACAUCAAGGAGAAGAUCAGUGAGAAUGUGUCUGCAGAGAAAAGCAUCAAUCUGUUCCACUGUCUGAAUGAACUGAAUGAUCGUUCUCUAGUGGAAGAGAUCCAACAGUCUCUAAGUUCAGGAAGCCUCUCCACAGAUAAACUGUCUCCUGCUCAGUGGUCAGCUUUGGUCUUCAUCUUAGUGUCAUCAGGAAAAGAUCUGGAUGUGUUUGACCUGAAGAAAUACUCUGCUUCAGAGGAGGUUCUUCUGAGGCUGCUGCCAGUGGUUAAAGCCUCCAACAAAGCUCUACUGAGUGACUGUAACCUCUCAGAGAGAAGCUGCGAAGCUCUGUCCUCUGUUCUCAGCUCCCAGUCCUCCAGUCUCAGAGAACUGGACCUGAGUAACAACAACCUGCAGGAUUCAGGAGUGAAGCUUCUAUCUGCUGGACUGAAAAGUCCAAACUGCAACCUGGAAACUCUCAGCUUAUCAGGCUGUAUGGUCUCAGAGGAAGGCUGUGCUUCUCUGGCCUCAGCUUUGACCUCCAACCCUUCCCCUCUGAAAGAGUUGGACCUGAGCUACAAUCAUCCAGGAGACUCAGGAGUGAAGCUGCUGUCGGCAGGACUGAAGGAUUCAGACAGGAGACUGGAAGCUCUCAGACUGAGUGACUGUAACCUCUCAGAGAGAAGCUGCGAAGCUCUGUCCUCAGUUCUCAGGUCCCAGUACUCCACUCUCAGAGAACUGGACCUGAGUAACAACAACCUGCAGGAUUCAGGAGUGAAGCUUCUCUCUGCUGGACUCAAGAGUCCAAAUUGCAACCUGGAAACUCUCAGGGUGGAGCCUGCUGGAUGCCGAUUCUUGWCACCAGGUCUGAGGAAGUAUUACUGUCAACUCGCCAUCGACACAAACACAGUGAGCAGAAACCUCAAACUGUCUGAAGACAACAGGAAGGUGAAAUAUGUGAAGGAGCUUCAGUCAUAUCCUGAUCAUCCAGACAGAUUUGAUGUUCCUCAGCUGCUGUGUAGAACUGGCCUGACUGGUCGCUGUUACUGGGAGGUCCAGUGGAGAGGGAGAGUUUAUAUAUCAGUGAGUUACAGAAGAAUCAGGAAGAAAAAAGACAGUACAGACUGUGGGUUUGGAUGGAAUGAUCAUUCCUGGAGUCUGAGAUGCUCCAAUCAUGGUUACUCUGUCUGGCACAAUAACAUAGAAACUCGUCUCUCCUCCUCCUUCGUCUCUAACAGAGUAGCAGUGUAUGUGGACUGUCCUGCUGGCAUUCUGUCCUUCUACAGAGUCUCCUCUGACUCACUGAUCCUCCUCCACACCUUCAACACCACAUUCACUGAACCUCUGAUUCCUGGAUUUACAGUCUGUUCUGGUUCCGAUUCCUCUUCUGUGUUUCUGUGCUCAGUUGAGUUUAAAGCAUCAAAGUAG